CACUUGGUCGCAACCAUAAUUACGCAGCCGGAGAGGGGGAAUUGCUCGGCACUUCAAAGCCAAGUGGUUUGACUCAGACCAGGGACCUGUGCCAAGCGCAAGAUUAGGGAAAUGGGAAAGACUUGAAUGUCGAUAGGGUGCGCGGCGGCCAGGCCGAAUGGUAACAGUGCAUACGACUUAGUUCUUGUUGUAUUCGUGCUACUGCUGCCAAUCCCCUACCUACUACCCAUAGGUAUCAUGUCCUUGCUUUCACACCCCGCCGCCAUGAGCAAAUGGCAAGGUGAGCUGGAUCUCUCCGUCGAGAUGCUCCAAUCCCGAGGAAUGGUUCCGAGGCUUGCUAGUGUAGUCGCACAGCAGCAAGCCAACAUGGCGGGGGGCGAGGGAGCUCUAGCAUGGGAAUCUUGCAAUCUCCCAUGGCGCGUUGUGCGGGGUUUUAGGUUUUGGCCAUUCUGCAUCCCCAUCUCCUCCUCCUCCUCCAUCUUCUCUCCCUCUUUCUCCUCAUCAGACCCUCGACUUGAUUGUCCCCAACGCUGCCCUUCCCCCAUUUCCUUCCUUCGGCACGGUUCAGUCGUUCCCCUAGCUCGAUUGUCAGAGACUAGGUACCGUACACUACUAUACGACUAUGAGCCACUAGCUUCGAACAUCCACGAGAGAGGGUGUAGAGAGACCAUUGGCUCACAUGCGCAGGUGAGUAGGAAGGAAACAGGUUUGGGUUUGCCACGGCAUGGUAUCUAAUGCAACUCUCGAAUUGGGAUUUAUGCUUGUAGUCGAGGCGGUGCAAGAAAAAAGUGAGAGAC